CAGUGUUCUCAAAAUAAGCCUCUCCAUCGUCACCCCUCCUCGCUCCUCCCUCCCCUUCUAACCAAGAAAAACCUCUCUCUCGCUCAUUUAUCCCUUCCAUCAUCAUGGCCCAUCACCAUCUCCAGGCCCGCCUACUAGCAACGCUCAUUGCUCUUUUUUGCGCCGUCGGUCUCACAUUUGCCGCCGACAUUAUCAGAAUCGAUCAACCCACUGGUAGCCAACAGAUUCCUAGCAACACUGACAAUCCGUUCAUUUACACAAUCUUGGGUGCUCAAGCUAACGGCAUCACGGACGCCUAUUAUCCCAACUCGUUCUCUGUUGAUUUCCAGUGGAUUCAGAACGGCAAUGAUAGCAACGUCUUAAAGUUCAACGCCAUAAGCUCCGUGGACGCUACUCCUGCACCUGCAGGUGUGUCCGAUAAGCAGUACACACAGCAGACAUGGAAGACACCCAACUGCCACUUCUUCACGCGUUACCGCACAAGCGACUAUAGCUUUUCGUUGGUUGUUACACCGACUUAUUCCACUCUCACUUUGAAUCAGACUGCGCCUGGUCCUGAACAGUCAGUGCUGACUGUGCCGCUCAACAUCCAAGUCAACAACGGCACUUUCCCUCGGUGCUAAAUGUAUUGAGUGGUAAACAAAGAUUAGCAAUCACACCUCUGUUUUCUAUAGAACAUCAAGCAGCAGCAGCAGCAGCAGCAGCAGCA